AUGAAAUCUCCGGCCGACAAAGCUGCUCAGCGCCCGAGCAGCAAGAAGGGUACCUCUACCUCGAAUCAAAGCCCCGAGUCUGCCCUCAGCGAAGACCAAGAAGGCAAUCAAGAGGGCUCUCAAGUUCACCAGCAAAGUCCUGGUCAACACGACACUUCUCCCCGUGAGGAUGUCAACAACGUAGUACCUCUACCCAUGAAUGUCCCCCAGCACCAACAGCAGAGUUCUAGCCAACAUGGCAACCACUCCCCCCAAGCUCUCACCGACCCACCCGUCAACCCCCCUCCACAUGAUCAUCACAAUCCUGGUUUUGACGACAUGUAUGGCGGUGAGCUUUUCGACGACAUGCCUAGUCACUUUGAUCAUCUCCUAGAACAUGACCUCUUGAUCGGCAACGGCUUCUUUGAAGACAACGAUUCCCAUGUCAACGUCCAUUCAUCAGCACAGGUCCAGAAUUAUCAGCAGGGCGAGCAGAACGUUCCGAUUGCCAGCCCACCCGCUCACCAGUCUAUGAUGAACAAUCAUGGUGGUCCUCAUCAACAGCCACCUCACCUCCUAGGCGCCCAUAAUCUGCAACAGCCGGCUAAUCCACAACAUUAUGCUGUCCCCAAUGGUCACCCUUACGGAGCUCACAUGCAGCAUCUCUCCGUUGAUCAACAGAUCCAUAACCAGGUCCAGGUUCCUGUCCAACACCAAGUUAUCAUCCAACAACCAACCCAAAUGCAACACCAAGCCCACAUCCAACAACAGGCCUUAAUGCAGCCGCUAUUAACCAGCAAAUCCUCGUUCAGCACCCGGUCCCUCACCAUCAUCAGGUUGCUGUUCAACAUCCAGCCCCGGUCCAACACCAGGUCCCGGAAGUGCCUGUUCCGGUUCCUGUUCCCAGCGCCGCGGGCCCAGCGGGCGACCAUGGCCCACCGACACCUCAUCCAGAGGCUAAUCAUCCCGCUAUAG